AUGAGUUCUGGAACUGUCGAGGAAUGGGCGCAGAAGGACAGCCUCCAAGCCCUGUUCAAUCGCAUUGACUCCAACUGUGAUGGCACUUUGAGCACGGACGAGCUACGACGUGCACUCUGUGCUAUCGGCCUCAAAAGCGCUGAUGUCACCAAGAUCUACAAAGUCAUGGACACAAACUGCGACGACCGGGUGUCCUACACAGAGUUUGUGAAGUGGCUUUUUCAUGGCUCCAAGGAGGCCGAGGUGAUCACGAAGAAGGUCAUGGGUGGCCCAGCCACAGCUUCUGAGGCUAUGGACGAGUUUGUUGCCUUCAUUCAGGAGCUAAAGGACACCCCGCCAGAGGAAGGUGAGAAGCCCACAAAGCUUCGGGACAUCUUCCGCAAGAUGGAUGAAAACGGCAGCGGCAAGAUUUCCUUCACCGAGUUCCAUUCGAGUUGUAAGUCUCUUGGCUUCGACAUUGACGACGACAUGCUGAAGGAGAUCUUCGAUCAGAUUGACGUCCAGCGGGCCUCGAACAGGAAGAAGAAGCCGCUGAGCCAGGAGGAGCAAGAUGAGAUCAUUGCUGAAGCAAAGGCGAGACAAGCCGAAGAUCCUUCUGUGGAGAUUCCGGAGUUCAUGGAUGGCUUCCCAAAGGGAGAUAUUUCAUGCUGGCUGUCCCACGAAAAGGUCUACUACUGCGGGUCCAACAAGAAGUACCUGAAGCAACGACGUCUCAUCUACGAUCCUCAUGCUGCUACCACGCGGGACUUCGCCAUUACCUUUUCAGAGUUCAAGAAGGCCUUCAACGCAGUGAUUCCGGUGACCAAGAAGGCCUGA